ACACGCGGUCUGGUCAGCAUGUUGGGGUUCAUGUCUCAUGUUCAACAUACUGUAAGCAGCUGGAACUCCCAUCUUACCCAUAAGUCUGUGGUCUUCCCCCUGUUAGUGUGGAUGUAGGGGAGUCCCCUGCCAUCCCCUAUGUGUAUGUCAACUCGUCCGGGAUGGUGAAGAACAACAAACCCAUCCAGGUGGUGUCUGCAUGUGACCUGGAGCUGUACGCCUUCCCUUUCGAUAAGCAGAACUGCACUCUGACCUUCCGCAGCUGGCUUCACUCAGUGAAUGAGGUGAACCUGACACUGUGGAGGAGUGCGGAGGAAAUCGCAAAUGAUCAGAAGUCAUUUAUGGACGAUGGCGAGUGGGAACUGUUGUCUGUGCCCUCCCGCUACUGGCAUCUCCGCCUGGACGACAGAGACUACGCCCACAUCCAGUUCAACGUGUUGAUCCGCCGGCGCCCCCUGCUGUACGUGGUGAGUCUGCUCAUCCCCAGCAUCUUCCUCAUGGUGGUGGACGUCAUCAGCUUCUAUCUGCCGCCUAACAGUGGCACCCGGAUCACCUUUAAGACCAGCAUCCUCCUGGGCUACACUGUCUUCAGGGUCAACCUGAUGAACGAGAUGCCUGCCACCGCCAUCAGAACACCACUCAUAGGUGUGUUCUUUGCGGUCUGCAUGGCGCUGCUUGUGCUGAAUUUAUCCAUCUCCAUCUUUGUGGUGAAGCUCCUCCACCACAACGAGAAGGAGGUCAAGGAGAUGUCAGUGUCCGCCUGCCUCCUCGACAAGUACGGCUCGUCCAGCCAGACCUUCCUCGAGAGCAACUUCACCUCUGUCAAAACGCUGGUCGACGUGGAUCAGUGUGGGGGCUAUGAGUUUGACCUGGCUCCAGAGGAGGACCUACUGUCCCUGAGCGAGCUCCAGGAGAGUGCUCCACGGCUGGAGAGGCUGCUCCAGGAGGUGGUGGCCUUGCGGCUCUACCUGCAAGAAGGGGAGAGUGACGAUUUGGCCCAGGCCGACUGGGUGGCCCUCUGCUGCAAGGUGGACAUCCUUCUUUUCCGAGUCUACCUGUUCAUCCUGGUCGUCUACGCCAGCACUCUGCUGCUACUGUGGGCCAGCUGGAGCUCUGCAUGAGGAGAGGAGGAAUUGUUGUUCAAAUGUUAUCGGCAUGAGGAGAAUUUUUAUUUUAUUUUUCUGCAAUAAAAUGUAAUUAAUAAUUGCAGACUAUUCCUCAAGGUUAAUGAUUUAUCAUUGUUUGGUCCAGUGAAAGCACUGACUCUGUAUUUGCAGUAAUAAUAUGUCAUUUUUUAGACAAAGGACAUUCAUGUACAGUAUUUUUAAAUGUUUCCAUUAUCAAGUACAUAUAUUAUACUAUAUUUAUGUUUAGGUAUUUAUAGGAAAUUCUAAGUUAGUCUUUUUAGGGUUACUGAUGAGGGCGACUUAAUCCCUUUUCUCCCCCUUUCUUUUGAUACUGUAGCUAGAAGCUAUUGAGUGAACACUGUAAUUCCCAUUUACAAUUGGAAGAUGGUUCCCAUAAUUCACUAUGGGCUGAUGUAUUAACAUAUUCCUUCAACUGAAGAUCUUCAUAAAAAGACAUCUUACUCCUAUUCUCCGUGCACAUUCCGCAACGUCAAUGUGAUGUUAUUCCACAUUAACUUGAAUCACCAUGCUCCCCUGAAACUCGUACCAAAUCAAUAAAGCACAUUCAAAGCUUAGGCAACUGCAUUCCCUGUUGGUUCACUGAUAGUCAUAAAAAGACACAUGAGCUACUCAUAAAACCCUUGGCUGGGAACAAUCUUUGUAAAUAGAAUUUUCACUUGAACAGCAGACAUUUUUCUUUGAGCAGAUCACAUUACAACCGGUUGUAUGGACACCUCUGAGUUGAGGAGAGAAAUUAAUAAUGGUUAUUGUUUGCUGUAAUGUUAUGUUGUACAUUCAUACUUGUGAUGUAACUUCUUAUUCCCCAUCAUAUCAAGCAAGUCCUGUUGCAAGUUUUUUUUAAAUCAACUGUGGAUCUUGGUUUGAUUGUUUAUCCUGUUUUUAGCUGGUGUUAUACAGGGAUAUAGAUGUUUUGGAAUCAUAUCAAAGCCUCCAGCCAGUACAGUGAGUAAAAGUUUCUAUCCAAGAAAAUGGCUGGUUUGCUCUUAAUACACUUGUAUGCUUUUAACAUAGCCUGCAAUGUUAAUCCUUAAUAAAAGAUACUACAUAUUUGAAAUGUGUUUUUGUGUGUGUCAUAAAUGGACAUUAUUUUUCAA